CAAGAAAUUUAUCCAAUUAUUAUGGAAGCUAACCUUCAUAUUUUUGUUUAUACUCGUGAAAGUUGUGUUGUGAACUAGGUAAUACAUGAUACAUAAGUAAUAUUAUAAAAGUAUAAAUCUGAAACACUCAUUUGAUCGCUGAAUGAUUUUUUUGCUACGGCUUCACUCAAAUCAAGGCGUCGAUUUUGCACCAAAUUUUCGAAAAUUACUUCGCCGCCAAUUCCCAACCUACAAAUUAUAAAAACAACAAAAUGAGACGAAGCUUGGCACCAAGUCAAGUAUUAAAACGUCAAAAUCUUUCACAGCAAGCAAGCUUAAGUGAACCUAUUACAACAAAACGAACUCGGAAUCAAUCAACUGAAAAUCCCUCAAAAAUACGCAAACCUUUAUUAGAAUUAAACCCAACAGAAGUUUACAUAAGCAACCAUGAGGAAAUUAUUAAAAAACUGUCCGCUCCCUUUAAGUGCCCUCUUCCUGAUUAUCAAGGAUGCAAUUCGACCCGAACCUUGGGAAUGCGUCGAAGCAAACCUCGCCGCCCUUUGUAUGAUCCCAACACUCCAAACGCUCUCGUUCUCUAUUCGCCUCCAGAGCAAUCUGAACACGAAAAAAUCAAAAGUGACGCCCCCAUUCUUGUUCAUGUUGUUGUCGACCCUACUUUGAGUAACAUCUUGCGCCCCCAUCAACGCGAAGGUGUUAAAUUCAUGUACGACUGUGUGACUGGCGUCCAAAUACCCAACUCAUAUGGUUGCAUAAUGGCCGAUGAGAUGGGGUUGGGCAAAACCUUGCAAUGCAUUACUUUAUUGUGGACUCUGGUGCGCCAGGGUCCUGAAUGCAGGCCCACCAUUGACAAGGCUAUCAUCGUGUGUCCCAGUUCCCUGGUUCGUAAUUGGAGCAAUGAAAUUGACAAGUGGCUCAAAGGCAGGUUAAACUCCGUAAUUAUGGAUGGGGGCCCCGACGCGAAGAAAAAACUGACACAGUUUAUGCAGGGUUUUGGACGGACGGCUAUUCCUGUAUUAAUUAUUUCAUAUGAGACAUUUCGAAUGCAUGCAAGUAUUUUGCAUAGUAGUGAGAUUGGAUUAGUGUUGUGUGAUGAGGGGCACAGGCUAAAAAACUGUGAGAAUCAGACAUACAAAGCUUUGAUGGGGCUCAAGGCGAAAAGGAGAGUUUUGUUGAGCGGUACACCAAUUCAGAACGACUUAUUAGAAUAUUUCAGUUUGGUUCAUUUUGUUAAUGAAGGGUUGUUAGGAAGUGCUCAGGAGUUUAAAAAGAAGUAUGAAAAUCCAAUUCUACGGGGACAAGACUCCACCGCAACUGAUUCAGAAAGACAGAAAGCUGUGGAAUGUCUUAAGGAAUUAUCAGACUUGGUUAAUCGGUGUCUUAUCAGACGCACUUCAAAUCUCCUCACUAAAUAUCUACCAGUGAAAUUCGAAAUGAUUGUUAUUUGUCAACUAACACCAUUACAAAAACAAAUCUACUUGAAUUAUAUCAAUUCAGAAGGUUUACGAAAAUCGGUCUUAAAUGAUGUUGAAGUUAAAGCGUCUCUAAGCGCUUUAGCGAGUAUUACAACAUUGAAAAAAUUGUGCAACCACCCUGAUUUGAUCUUGGAUAAAAUUCUUGAAGGUGGUGAGGGUUUCGAAAAAUCUCGUCAGUUGUUUCCUCCAAAUCACAGUGAUAAAGAUGUAAUGCCGGAAUUGUCGGGCAAACUGAUGCUUCUCGAUUGUUUCUUAGCGAAUUUAAAAACCAACUACGAUGAUAAAAUUGUGUUAGUUUCAAAUUAUACACAAACUUUAGAUCUGUUUGAAAAGUUGUGUCGAAAGAGAGGGUAUCGCUAUGUACGUCUUGAUGGAACAAUGAGUAUUAAAAAAAGAGCCAAAGUGGUCGCAAAUUUCAACGACCCGGAAUCCGGAGAGUUUAUUUUUAUGUUGAGUUCCAAGGCUGGAGGUUGUGGCUUGAAUUUGAUUGGAGCAAAUCGAUUGAUUAUGUUUGAUCCGGAUUGGAAUCCAGCAAAUGAUGAUCAAGCUAUGGCAAGAGUAUGGAGAGAUGGACAACAAAAACCUUGCUACAUUUAUAGGUUUUUAGCGGCGGGUACCAUUGAAGAGAAAAUUUUCCAAAGGCAAGCUCACAAAAAAGCAUUGAGCUCGACUGUCGUCGACAAUAAUGGAGAAACAGCGAGGCACUUUAGCGUCGCAGAAUUGCGCGAAUUAUUUAAAUUGGAGGAAACGGAUUCGGACACACAUGCAAGACUUAAAUGUAAACGGUGUUUAUGUAAAAUACAAACGAAAAAUCCACCUGAUGAGGCAGAUUGUACAUCGGAUUUGACGCAUUGGUAUCACUGUUGGGACAAAAAAGGAUUGGCGGAUAUGGUUCUUAAGCAGAUAUGGGACAUGGCGACAUACAUUUCAUUUGUAUUUCAUCAAAAAUCAGCUAAGCAAGAAGUUAAACCUGUUAAAGAAGAGGAAGAGGAUCCCGAUUACGACAAAGAUGAUUCGGAUUAUUCAGAAUAGUGUAUAUAAUAGUAAUAGUGUAAAUAUGUAAGAUAAUACAAUAGUGUUGUUCUUUGGUUUAA